UUUUAUACUAAUUUUUAUUUAUUUAUAACUUUUUAGUUACCUCAAAAACUCCUAUGACACUCCCGUGAUCAAGACGAAUCUAACGAUACCUCAUACAUCAAAAUCCAUCAAGCCGUUUAGGCUACAGGAGGCCACAUAGAAACAGACAUACAUACAUACACUCAAAAAACAUUACCCUCCUCCCUUUGGCAGUCGGGUAAAAAUUGACAAGUUAGGACGAAAUUCUCUUCCGUGUCUUUACCCCCUACCUCUACAAAUGCAUCUAGGCUCCGUGAAGAAUUUCGGCCAGUAGGCAAAUCCCGCAAAAUCGUUUUCCCCCCGUAUUUCGGAAUCCUGGUAUUCCCUGUAUUGCAUUCCCUAUAGCUGCUCUACAUGUGCUCCCACAGCUCCCACUGCACACUUCGUAAGUUCGCACAUGCUACGCUGUUAUGCUGUUGUUAACAGGAUGCGUAUAGGUAACCUGCGCUGCGUAAAUGCAUCAUCAUGCGCGGGUUACGCAUCGCUUGCAAUUUAUAAUAAAUCCAUCCUUUAUGUCACCAAAUUGUCAGUUAAACGUAUAUAGUACUUAAUAGUGAUUAGUUGAUUAUAUGCUCUUUGCGUAAGUACUCUUCUUAUCAGAAAAAAAACUAGAAUGUCAUCAAUGACGAUUCUUGGAUGGAUCAGUCAUAACAUACAUAACUUAUCGAUUUAAAAAAUCUAUUUCCACUAGGUAUUCUGAGGUGUAUACUUUUCUAAAUGGAGAUCAAGAUGACUACACCGAUGCUUGGCAGGCUUCGGCUUGCUACCCUGCAGGAUGUCUCCGACAUAUUUGAGCUCAUCAACGAAUCUAUGGCGAAGAAUUUCCGCAUACGUCAAGUGUUUGACAUAAUUGUCCUUAUAGAGUCCUGCACGCUAUCCAUUGUUCAACUCAAUGACAAAAACGUAAUCGUCGGGUUUCUGGCCGCAAAAGACCAUCCUUUACUACCAUCGGUCCACCCAUCUGCCUGGGAACACUAUAUCUGGACUAAAUACAAAACUAUAGAAAUGACUGCUCGGAAUACCCUUUUUAUCCAUCUCCUUUGUUGGAGCAAGCUCUACGGGCGCGAAGUAGUCGACAGUCUACUGAAAAGUUUGUUCAUGCACGACUCCUACCUGAUGAACGUUGCUUUCAUCAAGUGCAUGCCUAAAUAUCCAAUGCUGAUGCCAGGACAAAGUCGCUGCGAGGGUUCUUUUCGGCGAGUAUCUGCGGCGGAGCGCGGGUUGCCGCCCGAUUUAGUGCCCUCGCUCUGCUUGGCGGAACGUUCAGAAGUGUGCCCGAGGCUCAGGGUGCGAAGGGCUGUCGAGGAGGACAAUGAUGACUUGGUUCCAAUAAUCGAGCAGCAUUCCAAGCGCCUACGGGAAAUGUACGGCGAGUUCUACAUUAGCGAGUUGAUAUCGCGGCAUCCAGAGUCUGAGCGGGUUCUCUUAGUUGGUGAGCGUCAGGAAUUGGCAAUCGGAGUGAUGAUUUUGAACACAAUGAUCGACUACGAGUCUUUGGAGGAGAGCUUCGAUCUCUCUCCUUUCGCGGGACUCCGUCAUUUAGGCGGCAAGCCUGUUGUUCAAUACGUCAACUCUUCCUCAGAAAUUUUGGGGAGCACGAAGCCAGAGAGGCGUGACUCGAAUCUUAGGAGAUCUGGAAAUCCCGUUCCCCCUUGUGAUAAAGCGGAGCAGAAGACGAAGAUAAUGAUGACAUUUGCUAUUGUCAAUAUUAGAUUUAUUUUAAUUUUAAUUAAUAGGUUAAGAUUUUUAGUUUUUAUAAUUUCACACAAUCUUGUAUUGAUUUUGAAUAAAGUCUAUCUAUCUAUCUAUCUAUUUCCUCAGACCUUAAACUGGGGCUAUGAGGCUUCACAAUGGGAAUCCGAGGAGGUAGUCUUCCCGCUGCCGAUGGUGGAUAACGACGACGACCUGGGAGAAUACGACAUAGUCAACAUCACUAAUGAACUGAUGCGGAUACCGAGGCCACUCUCCGUGGAACUCAAUAUAGUCUUCGAGUUGCCAACCCCAUUCAAUAAAACGAUUUAUUUGUCGCAUAGGCUGAAGUCGGAUAGGACUUUGCAAGUCACCACCAAGGAAAUGUUGGUUGCUCAAGAUCUUGAAAAUAAUAUCCUUAAGCCGAAAAAAGCCGUAUCAACCGACAAAAUUCGUCCUCGAUCUGCGUUUGAAAUCGUUCGCUACUCGGGAACACCGAACGCUUUUCUGUUAGAAGUGUUUGCGAUGCAUCCAGAUUAUGACGAAAGAUAUGGGUACGAUAUUCUGCAGACAGCGUUCGAGAUGUUUCCCGACAGAGAUUAUUGUGUGUUGUGUCUUCCAUCCAACCAACCAGCAUUUCCUCUCCUUGAACAUUUUACGCUAGUUACACCCAAACAUUACCGGGAGAAGUACACAAGUCAGUCACUCUAUGUGGCGCAUGUUAACACCGUACGUGAGAGCGUGGCAGUUCGUCCAGCGGAAGCCUUCGACUUCCCGUCCAUGGCUCACAUCCUUGAACACGUAUACGACAAGCAGAACAUACUUCGGCUCCUGGAGAGGAGUCUCGUAUCGGACGACCUGGACGCCUACGUGCUGCUGAGCCAGCGUCAGGCCGUUGGAGUGGUUAUACUUGAGUCUCUAGAUAAUUGUGUUGGGGUCCGGACGCAAUACGACUUAGAGCCUGAACCCAGGAGCGCGGGCACCGACGGAGCGAUCAUUGCAGGGAUACUCUCGCCAGCCUUGGAACCCCACGCGCGCUGGUAUCUCCGCGAUCUCAUACGCCAUUCAAAGUUCUACCACCUGUUCUGGCCGAGCCAGCUGAAUAAAACGGGCAAGGUACAUUACUCAAGCCGAAACGUAAUGUCCCUAGCAGGACGAAUGGUUCCCAUCGUGCCGUACCGGCAUCACGUGCCUAAUAUCACCGGGAUCAAAUAUUUGGAUAAAGUGAGGAAUUCAACGAAAAGUUGUGCAUUGUUUGGCAUUGAGACGCAUUUGACAGCAUUGCCUAAAGUGGACGUGAACCAUGGAAUUGUGGUCGUCGGUGCCAGUCGGACUGGCUUGGCCUUUAUCGAAACUCUACUGAUGGGUCCCGCAUCCCGUUACCUGACAUUUACGAACAUAACCCUUGUAUCCGAGCACGGUCUUCCCAUGCUAUGCGAGUGUAUUCCGGCGGCGGAGACCUGCGUCCCCAGGAGUGGUCGGUACACGGAUCGAUAUCUGAAGAGCCUCCCGUUGUAUUACUACGUCGACUGCAUUACUGGCGUUAUGGUGGAGAUUGAUAGAAAGAAGAAAUUCAUCCGGCUGCAAGGCGGAGCGGUUAAGUACUACGACGAGCUGGUAUUGACAUGCGGCCAGCAAUUUCAACACCCGGAUUAUUUGGCGGAGUCCUUCGCACAUAGCAAAAAGAUGAGUAAGGGCAAGCCAUGUGAGAGGAUAUUGAUGGACAACCCCAAGUACCGGCCAGACAAAGUGCCACCUCGGCCCGACUUACCCGAUAACGUGUUCGUGAUUAAUUCUAUGUACGAAGCCAACAUUUGCUUGAGAAGGCUGAUGUCCAUGGUCAAUGCACGUACGGAACUUUACGAAAUCCCUUUCCACUUAAGCGCCAAGAAUCGGGUAAUUGUGUACGGAGACCACCUGGAGUCCUACAGCACUAUGGCGGCUCUACUUGAAUUAGGCAUCACUCCUAAGGAGAUCGCCUUCGUGGAGCCAUUCCCGCCUGUUGAUCGCAACGUGAUGAGAGUCAACUGUUUUAACGAUGAAUUGAUUGACGAAAGAGUCCAAGCAAGCUUAGACAAUUUGGGAAUUUACGUAUAUCGUAAAUGUCACUUCGUAAGCUGGCAGACGCAGGGGACUCGCAUCACCAGCCUGGACGUUAUGUCGUCGCUCCACAGGAUCUCCAUACCCUGCUUCGCUCUUUUUUAUUACGGCUUGAAGGCUAUUAACUAUUAUGCUUUUAAAGCGAUUAGCGAGUGCGGACUGGUAUACGACGGCGGUUUAGUAGUUGACACGAAGUUCAAGACCAACGAUGCUCACGUAUAUGGCGCGGGUACCUGCGUUCAGUACUCGAGACGGUUGCGCGCUGACCGCCAGUUACACCGUGAUCGCUGUUCCGAGGACGUGGGCGAGGCACUUGCGAAUAUAUUCCUGCGUCAAAUGGAUCCUUUUGUUAUGGCGGACCCGGAAUCGGAUCUUUUGGAUCCCAUGCCGCGAUACAGAUCGAGCUUGCUGACCUGGUACACUUUGUAUACCUUGUAUAAUAUUUACCUAAGCACGAUUUCGCUUUUACACUUCGACAAAUGUUUGAUUUUUUUUCAGCUUUCCUCAUCCAAGCAUAGAAACAGGUGGGAACCUGUGAUGGAAUUUGAGUCGCCUUUAUUACUUGCGGCUACUUUCCCAGGCCCACUGUAUUAUUCGCACCUUAAGUCGCCUGGUGUGGACAUACCGAUGGAAGUCAGACUGACCCUACCUCAUCAAGGCCAUUCGCUGAUCACGGAUAAGGAUGGCAACUAUUUCCAACUGCAACUUGACGAGUUUCAUUGCAUAGAUGGCGCCACAUGCCUUGCUAAAAAAGUUCCCUGCUACGAUAUACUCGCUCAGAUUCACGGAAUGCACGAGUCUUUGUUCAACAACUUGCUUGCUAGAUUUAUGAUGAACAAGAUAGACGAUUUUUACGAGUUCUUCAUGCAGCCGUGGAUGUCGGCGUUGUACCAGGAGACUUUCGGGAACCUACUCAGACAUAUUUGCCAACAAAAUGUGGGGACGGUAAUAACAGAGAUUUUCAAGACAUUUUUGUUACUUUUCCCUGUUUUACUUACGAAAAUUGAUGGCCAGACAAUAUAUUUAUAUAGAGUAGUAUCUUGUAUAAUAGAAAUUUCGCGCGGGCCGGAUUUAAAAUGUUGCUUUGAUAUCUCUUAUUUAGGGACAAAGUUACAGUACUUAACUUUUAUCUUACAGGUGUAUGAUCUCGUCAAAUCUCAUUUCUCACUGAUUACCCGUGAUGAUAUGAGUUUUAAUGAAGACGGAAUGGAAACGUCGGAAAAGGUCACAGAUACUAUGUCUUGCUCUACUAUCCAUUCCUGUUACUCGGAACCGGGCUGCUUCUUUUGCGCUGGGGAUGCGCCAAAUCUUGGUACAGUCCGUUCAGUAAUUGAAAGGUUUAUACCCAUUUCUACCGAGAUGAACGAGGGUUUAAAGAAACACCUCCCGUCGGAGUGUGGUCAAAGUACGAUAAUGCGUAACGAUGCGAAGGCAUUUUGGCAUGCUCUGGGCGGCGACCGCAUCGUGACGGCGCACCUCGCGCACUACUUCGACCGCAACCGGGUGCUGAACCCGCAGUACGCCAACAUCAGGCCCGACCUUAUCUAGGAUAUGCACCGUUCCGAUGAAAACUACGAACAAACAAAGGUCGGCACUGACGCAAAACGCACAAAACGACUCCAAAGCAAUCACGAGUUCAACAGAAAAAGAUGGGAGUUUUCCUAUACAAAGAGUAAUUUAAUGUGCCUGAUAAUUCAUGUUCUUUUUGUUAUUUACAUACUAUAUAAAUAUUUAUCUUUAGUAAAACACGUAAAAUAUC